AUGUGCAAGCACAUUCUCAACGCCCAGGUCGCAAUCCGCAGCCCCUGCUGCAAGAAGUGGUUCGACUGUGCUGAGUGCCAUGCCGAGAGCCAGGACCACGACCUCAUGAAGAGCACCGAGAUGACCUUCGCCUGCAAGAAGUGCAAGAAGUGCUUCCGCAAGAACGCCGAGGAGUUCGAGGAGAGCGACGAGUACUGCCCGCACUGCGACAACCACUUCGUCAUCGACGCUAAGACCCCCGAGGCGCGCCUAGAGGUCGAGGGAGAAGACGUGCGCGUCGACUCCAGAAUGCUCAAAGACGAGCGUGUCCAGAGAACAGACCCGAAGUCCAUCUGGGACAUCAACGUCUCGGACAGACUUGGCUAG